CCCGGGGACCGCAGCAGGCUGAGCGGCGCUGCUGGUGUCAGAGCCCGGCGAGCGCUGGCAGUUCCGCGGCGGGGAUGCUGAAGAGGGCUGGGGUGGCGAGCAGCCGUGGCCACUGCGGACUUCCGAGGCACUCCGGGCCGUGAAAACCCCUGGGCCGUGGCCAAUCCCAGGCUCCUGAGUCCAUUCACCGUUCCAGAAGCCGGCCGAGGGGAGAGUCCAGCGGAGGAGCGGCUGUUCGCGGGUUCUGGGCUUUCGGAGCGUUCUGGAACCCCGAGAGACACCCCGGGGCUCUAGAACCUCCCCAGCGGCCCCCAAUCCCGGCUUCCUGUGUGCGUCCGUUCCAAACCCCCUGGGUGCACGGGUCGCCGGCGAGCCGUGGCCGGAUCCUGGCACACACCAUGAUCGUUGCAGACUCCGAGUGCCGCGCAGAGCUUAAGGGCUACCUGCCGUUCGCCCCGGGCGGUGGCGGCGGCGGCCCCGGGGCCGGAGAGGAGCAGAGGGAAAGCCGGGCUCGGCGAGGCCCUCGAGGGCCCAGUGCCUUCAUCCCGGUAGAGGAGGUCCUUCAGGAGGGCGCAGAGAGCCUGGAGCAGCACCUGCGGCUGGAGGCACUGAUGUCCUCGGGCCGGGUGGACAACCUGGCGGUGGUGAUGGGCCUCCACCCUGACUACCUUAGCUGCUUUUGGCGCCUGCACUACUUCCUGCUGCACACGGACGGGCCCCUGGCUAGCUCCUGGCGCCACUACAUUGCCAUCAUGGCUGCCGCCCGCCACCAGUGUUCCUACCUGGUGGGUUCCCACAUGGCUGAGUUCCUGCAGACUGGCGGUGACCCAGAGUGGCUGCUUGGUCUCCAUCGGGCCCCGGAGAAGCUCCGCAAGCUCAGUGAGAUCAACAAGUUGCUGGCACACCGGCCGUGGCUCAUCACCAAGGAGCACAUCCAGGCCUUGCUGAAGACGGGCGAGCACAGCUGGUCUCUGGCGGAGCUCAUCCAGGCCCUGGUCCUGCUCACCCACUGCCACUCACUGGCCUCCUUCGUGUUUGGCUGUGGCAUCCUCCCUGAGGGGGACUCGGAAGGCAGCCCUGCCCCCCAGGCCCCUUCACCCCCCAGUGAGCAGAGCAGCCCCCCCAGCAGGGACCCAAUGAACAACUCUGGGGGCUUUGAGGCUGCCCGGGACGUGGAAGCUUUGAUGGAACGCAUGAGGCAGCUGCAGGAGAGCCUGUUACGGGAUGAGGGAGCAUCCCAGGAGGAGAUGGAGAGCCGCUUUGAGCUGGAGAAGUCAGAGAGCCUUCUGGUGACUCCCUCAGCUGACAUCCUGGAGCCCUCUCCACACCCAGACAUGCUAUGCUUUGUGGAGGACCCCACUUUUGGAUAUGAGGACUUCACCCGGCGAGGGGCUGAAGCGCCCCCCACCUUCCGUGCCCAGGAUUAUACCUGGGAAGACCAUGGCUAUUCACUGAUCCAGCGGCUUUACCCUGAGGGUGGGCAGCUGCUGGAUGAAAAGUUCCAGGCAGCUUAUAGCCUUACCUACAACACCAUCGCCAUGCACAGUGGAGUAGACACCUCCAUGCUCCGCAGGGCCAUCUGGAAUUACAUCCACUGUGUCUUUGGUAUCAGAUAUGAUGACUAUGACUACGGGGAGGUGAACCAGCUCCUGGAACGGAACCUCAAGGUCUAUAUCAAGACGGUGGCCUGCUAUCCUGAGAAGACCACGCGAAGAAUGUACAACCUCUUCUGGAGGCACUUCCGCCACUCAGAGAAGGUCCAUGUGAACUUGCUGCUCCUGGAGGCGCGCAUGCAGGCCGCCCUGCUCUAUGCCCUCCGCGCCAUCACCCGUCACAUGACCUGACUGCGAGCAGGAUCUGGGCCCGGAGCAGCUGCCCCUGGGGGCAUUCUCCUCCCUGCAAGGACUUCUCUGUCUGGAGACAGACCCCGAUCCCUUUCUGUCCCAGGCCCUCCCAGCCCACUCUGGAAGGUGGGCUUGUGUGUGACGUGCAGCCCCUGAGCCGUACCCUCCUUUUCUUUCACUGGAAUGGACAGGAUCAUUGCACUGACUCUGGGAUCUCAGUUCUGCCCUGGGAGCUGGAAGACGACUAGCAGAUCCCCAGGGACCGUGCCCUCCUUCCUGCCCCUGACCCCAGAGGCAGAGGGCACAGGAAGGGAAACGAGCUGAGCUCAGAUUCAUGUGCCAGCAGGCUGGGCCGCAGGCAUCACCAGUACUGGGCCUUCCUGGACUGGGAAGUCCCUGACUGGCCCCGAGGGAGAGGGGCAGGGACCUCCAGGGACUGACACUCCAAGCAGCUUUGCCUUUCCUCCUCCUCCCUCGCUCCCAGAUCUCAUUACCUUCCCCCUCGUUACCUUCACCCAUCAGUGUGAAAGUCAGUGUCACAGCUGGUCUGUGUGUUCUGCUCCCCAGAAGCCUGUUCUGUCAGGCAGCCUGAAGGCCCCUUUGCCCUGGUUGCCCUAAUCCUGGUUUAGCUCCUUUGACCUCCCCUUCACCCUCUUCCGCAUUUCUCCCCUGCCUGGUGGGGGGAGGCCCCAGAAGAGACACCAAGCACAUCAAAGAAGUAGAUUAUUCCUAGAGAGUUUGGGGUGUCUGUGGGUCCCCUUGCCUUCUGAAGAGGAGGGGGUAUUACCAGUUCUCUGUAUUUGGGUUCUUUAUAGGGGAGGUUCUGCAGGGGCUAUCUUACCUCAAUAGCCACAGUCAACGCCUGAGGGGAGGACAGGGAGAAGUCUGUUCUCCCCAGAACCGCGCCGGCCCUGCAGAGGCUGGCACCCCACUCUCCUAUCUCCCACGGCGCUGCCACACACCUUUCCCAUCAAGUGAGCCUUUCUGGGUGGCUUCCGAGGCAGGGGCUCAGGGAGAGUCAGGAGACCCCAGGGUUCUUGUUUGGGUUGUGCCCAAACUGGCCAGGUGACCAUGGCUAUGUUGCCAAACCUCUUCGACCUCCGUAUAGAUAGUUGCGGGCUGGGGGCUGAGAUUGUCUGUGAUGCCUGAGUCUACUCUCGGCUUUUCAGGCCAACCUGCCAGCAACAAACUGCACAUCUUGCAGAAUCUCAAAGGCCUGUAAGGGAUAGCCCAGCCUUGCAGGCCAUCUCUACCCUGCCACCUUCCUAGGACAGCCCCCCACCCCCCCACCCCCGUUUCCAUCCCCCCAUCUCGAUUUUAGGUGGAUUGCUUGGACGCAGAAGCAGCCAAGGACCCAUCCCAGGCACUUUUCUGUAGCAAAUAAGCUGUGAAUGAUGACAUCCCUUGCCCUUCUUCUGACAGUAUGUGUCCCCUCUGACCAGUUUGGAGGUGACUGAAGAAAGGCAGGGGUCAUGCUGCUGCUGCUUCUGACCCUGCUCUCUGGAGAGGGGCAGGAGAGGAGCCUGGUCAGCGUGCCACAUUUCACACCCGUGCAGGCAUGGGGAAGCGACUGGCACCCCCUGCGGGCCUCAGAGCCCUCCCUGCGAUGAAGCUGGGCAGGAGGGAAGAGGCCCCAGCAUUGGGGUUUGGAUUCUAGAAGGGACAUGACGACUCUGUAAAUGUCCCCCCAGGGUGGGUAGGGAGGGGGAUUUAGUGUUCCAAGUGCAGAAAUCUUUGGCUUUGCUACGAGUUCUGUAUGAUGAAAAAUAAAAGUUCACUGAGGUUUUGUUUUGUACUUCUUGUUAAUGGGCUGUUUUUCCAUUUGCAAGGGUCAUGGUUCAUCUCUAAGCAGCAGCAGUGAGCUGUGGUUGCAUCAUGGACCUGACCUGCUGCCCCUUCCCCUGCUGGGCACUUGUGUCCAGUGACCGCAGGGUGGGGAGUGGUUGGCAUUAAAAGUCUAUUCUGUCCCUUGGGUGCCCGGCCCUGCCACCCAUCUGUGGCUGGCCCGGCAUUGUGGAAGAAUAAUGGCCAUGUUAUUUUUCUCACUAAGCCUGGUGCUGGGUAUUUGGAGGCCAUUUUUCUGAAUUUGCAGGAGAAUUUAGACCCAGGGGUAAAGUGACAUUGCUGAGGCCACACAGGUGGAGCCGGGAUUCCAGCCAGGGUCCCCCUGACCCCGAGGCCUCAGCAUUUUACCUUGUUGCUUUUCCCGCUACAGGGCUCCCCCUGUCACAGAGGGAGGCUUUUGAGAAUCUCUGGGAACCCCCUGUGUCCCCUGCCCAUCCACAUGCUUCCGGGCUUCUCAUCACUUCUCCAGCACCAAGGAGACAGAACCAGCUCAAAAGGGUUAGCUGUGACCUCCACAUUGUACCAGCACCCAUUUAGUAGCGGUGUGAUCUUGGUCAACCUUCUUAGCUUCUCUGGGCACUGGGAAUUAUAGUAAGCAUAUCAGGGAAACCACAUUAUGACUAAACCAAGACCUCUUCUGUUGGCUUCCCACUUCCUCUAAACACUGCUGUCAUAAAAUGAAAACUAGGUCUCCUCCAGGAAGCCUCCCCUGAUUAAAUUCACAUUCCCUUUCCCUUUCCCCUUUUCAUUUUUGUGGUGUUCUAUCUACUUGAUCUUCCUUCUAACGUCACUUGAGAGGGUGUGAGAGAACAAAACAGAUUGGAAUAGAAAACUUGGAUUCUGGUCCUGACUUAGCCACUUACUAUCCCUGAGUUGCGGGGGAGGGUUGAUUAAUUUCACUGACCCUCAAGUUUCCUCUGCCAUAAAAACAGACAAUAUGUCUUCA